AAAACAAAUAUACGUCUUUUAAAUUUCGGUUGCAAUGUUUAAGACGCGCUUCAAUUUCAGCUCACUCCAUCUUGAGAGGGCUGAAGACAGACGUCGUUUCACAUAUCGUACCUUUAUCCAGUUUAUAAUCUUUCAGCUGCUGGCCUUAAUGCAAUGGUUGAUAUUAGUUCUGGUCCAGCCGGGAUCCAAGACUGAGGAACUGGUUCAGCGGCAUGAGCCAACUCUGAUAUUGUUGUUCUUCGUGAGCAUGCUGCUAUUGUUGAUAUUUGCUUUAAGCAACGAAAUACGCUUAUUGUCCUGCAUAAGUUUGUUUAUUACCGUGUUUGUAAUCGAGAGUCUGGUGUUGGCCAUGGGCUUACUGGCUGCGAAGACUAAUUGCGUUCGUCUCUUGAUCAGCUUUGUAUGCGUUUCGAUACUCAUGAUUUUAGCUACGAUACUGGCCCUAUUUUGGAGUUAUGACAUCACAAAGCAUGCAUCAGUGUUGUUUCUGUGGGAAUUCUGUGUGUUUAUGUUAAGCAUCUAUGUUGUCGCCUUUUACAUAAUCCUCAAGCUAAGUUGGGUAUAUUUUGUCUACACAGCAGUCAUUGUCAUCAUGGUGUUGCCCAUUCUUGUGUAUCAUGUGCAGACGAUUGUUGGUAAUGGUGAAGUGCGGGCCAGUUUGCAGGAUGACAAGUUUGCUGCGUUGUUAUUGUUCCACGAUUUUCUGGGAUUGUUUAUGCUAACCUUUUACUGGUAA